AUGUAUGUUCCGGUGAGUCCACAAACCCCGAUGUGCUUUCCGUUGAAUCCACAAACUCCCAUGUUUGUUCUGGUGCCACAAACCCCCAUCAAUGUUCUCCCGCCGGCGAAUCCACCAACUCCUAUGUAUGUUCCGUGGCCGACGAAUCCACCGACCCCUAUGUAUGUUCUGGAGCCGGCGAAUCCACAAACCACAAUGUACCCACCAACAUCAAUGAAUGAACAAAGUACACCAGAAAUCACCAUCAAAGAAAUUCAGCUGAACAGCCAUGGAAAACGCCCAAAUGUAACAAGAGAGCCCCUCUUGGACGUCGCCUUCUCGUUGGCCUUGGUGUCCACUGGGACAUCAGGAACCGCCCCCACAACUCCAGCUGAUAUUCUCCAAUUGUGCGUUGGUAACCUCUGCCUAACCUUUCAACUCUCUCAAGCUGAUACUGUUCCUAACAAUCUCCAACGCUUUCUUUUACGUCCUAGAAACACUUUUGUUGGGAUUUGGAACUCUUUGGAUAAGCACUGCUUGGCGAAUUCAAAGCACCAUUUGCAGGUUAGUGGUAGGGUAUUUGACUUAAGUUUCCGUGCCAAAGAUGAUAAUGGAAAAAGCCUUCGAUUCGAAUCAAAGUACAGGAUUAGACAACAAUGUUUGGGAUUGCCCAGAAGAUUCGCGGACUUGAGAAAUAAUGAUCAUCAUUGGAAUGCUGCAAAUCUCAGUCUGAACCAGAUUAUGCACGCCUGUGUUGAUGUUUAUGCGUCCUGUGUUCUUGGAAUGAAGGUCCAUGCUUAUGAUUUCGAACGCGUUAGUUCUUGA